AGAAGAAAAGGGAGACAAGACAGCCCUCCAAAGUCAGGUUUUGAAUUUUACAGAACCGUUGAGAUUAAUUAGUCCCGCUUGCUGCAGUCCGUCUUUGUUGCCUCUCUCGUCUCGUCUCCUGUUGGGGUAUGCAAAGAGCAAAGUUAUGCUGUUUCGUUGAAGGAGCCCCCAACAGUUGCUUGGGUUGUGAACUUGGUUGCACUUUCGUCACAAGCACCGACACGCCUUUCUCGUUGCCGUUGUUGACUCUUUCUGCUCUCUGCUUUUCCAAUUGAUUUCUACGAAAGCAUUAUAUGGCAUGACACUCCUUUUGCUCAAACAAAUCAUAAGCCCCUCUGCCUCGUGGAGUGAGACAGGGUGUUAAGAGCUUAAUUUCUGAUUCGUUGAGUUCAGAUUUUUAUCAUGUCGUCUUUGCUGGCAAGAACAGGGAGACACAAACAGCGGUACGAGGAUCAACUUAGGCUUGUUGCAGGUUGUAUUCCUUACAGGCUUGAGCAGAAUGUUGAGGGUUGCCAUGGCAGUUCAGAGAACAAAUUGCUUGUUCUUAUGAUUUCUUCACCAAAUCGGCAUGAUCUUGUGUUCCCGAAGGGUGGAUGGGAGGAUGAUGAGACUAUACGCGAAGCUGCUUGUCGUGAAGCCUUCGAGGAAGCCGGAGUGAAAGGAAUACUCAGUGAAACUCCACUAGGAGAUUGGAUGUUUCGAAGCAAGAGCAGGCAGAAAAGCUGCAGCCUGGAAGGAGGUUGUAGAGGUUAUAUGUUUGCAUUGAAGGUGACCGAGGAGCUUGACUCUUGGCCAGAGCAGGCUAACUAUGAUAGGAAAUGGCUUACCACAGAGGAAGCAUUCAAAUUGUGCCGUUAUGAUUGGAUGCGGGAUGCUCUUGAAAGAUUUGUGACAACUCUCGCUGAGGAAAUUAGAGGAUGCAGGAGGAAUGAAGAGUCAAAGGAAGUAGCAGCUAUAAGGCCAGUUUCAGAUGCUGUUGAAGAGCAGCAAAUGUCAUCACCUGGCUGCUUUGGUAAGCCUUCCAGUGUCCAACACCUUGAGAAUUCUUGCAAAUGCAUUGUACAGGCUUGAGGAGUGGAAAAUCCAUCUUUGUAGUGAAAGCAACUCUACUACGCACUCUAGAAUUCCUUCACAUCCUUGAUUCUGCAAUUCUAAGUAAUUUUUAAGACUCUUUCUGCUUUAGGCGAAGCUUGUGUAUUUUUGUAAUUAAAUCAAAUUUGAACAAAUGAAGGGCUAUUAUUUUCUUGCA